AUGAAAUACUUUUUAGUAUUGGCGACUUUGUGCCUCAGUGCUGUUGUAGCAGAGGAUUUGCAUCAGAGACAUUUCAGUCAACACCAACAAACUCUGGAAGAGGCUAAGAGAAAAAUUGCUGAUGUUUUAGAUGGACAAGCUUCAUUUGAAGAAGUGGGCAGCUACGGUGGUGUAGGUGGUGUUGGCACUGUUGGAUUCUCUUCCGGAUCUGGAUCCUCUGGUUAUGGCUCAUCCGGUUAUGGUUCGGCAGCUAACUCUGCAUUCACUUCAUCUGCCAACUCUGGCUUUAGUUCGUCAGCAAACUCUGCUUUCAGUUCUUCGGCUAACUCCGAAUUUGGUUCUAAUUUCGGUGCUUCCAGUGGAUUUGAUGCCAGCUCUAAAUUCACAGCUGGAUCGAACUUCGGUGUCGGUCAUUCGGCUAACAUGGCCGCUACAUCCGGUUUUGGUUCUGAGUCAACAUUCUCCAGCGGCGCUCACACUGGCUCAUCGGUUGUUAUUCCUAUUGUUAGCGGCAGCACCGGUGGUCACGAAAGCUAUGUUAAGCACGAAGAAAAAAUCAAUCAAGUGGCUACUCCUGUAGUUUACACUGCUCCAUCGGGCGGUGCUGAAAAAUAUUAUCACCACGAAGAACGCCGUGUUACCAAUGCAGCCACUCCUGUCGUUUACACUGUACCUUCCGGUGGUUCCGAAAAAUACAUUCACCACACUGAAAAGCGUGUCCAAACCCAAACUGCUGCCCCUGUUAUCCAAUUCGCUCCUACUGCUGGCGGUGAAGAUUAUGUUCACCACGAAGAACGUGUUGUAGAAAGCAAGCCCCAGGUCGUGCAAUAUAUUGCUCCCUCCGGCGGUUCCGAAAAGUACUACCACCACGAAGAACGUCGUGUCCAGAGCCAACCUCAAGUAAUCCAAUACGUCGCUCCUUCUGGCGGUGCCGAAAAAUACAUUCACCACGAAGAACGUCGCGUUCAACAAACUCCAGUCCAAGUUGUCGUUGCACCCAAUGGCGGCCAAGAAUCCUACAUGAAAUACCGUAAGGUGACAACCUCCUCGGCCCAACCCCAAGUUGUCGUAACUGCUCCCGUUUCUUCGUCGUACAUCCACGAAACUUCCUCCGCUUCGAACAGUGGCUCCCAAUUGGGUGCUUUGUUGACUGGUGGUCUUACCAGCAGUACCACAUCCAAUCUGAAUUCCGGCUAUGGUGGAGUGACCGGUGCCUAUGUUGUACCAACAAUGACCACUGGUGCUUUGACUACCGGCGCAGCUAAUUCUCAGUUCAAAACUGGUUAUGGUGCAUCCCACCAUGCUACUUCUGGUUUCGGAGCUGGUAUGAAUAGUGCUAUGACUGACGCUGCUACUUUCAAUUCCGGUGCUAAAUUCGGUUCAUCAUUCGGUGCUGAAUCUAGCUUCAACUCCAAAUUCGGCACUCAAUUUGGCAGCACUUUUGGUGCAGGCUCUACAACUGCCUCCACUUCUGGCUUGAGCAGUUACAUGCAAGAAGCCGAACGUUUGGCUAAAAUGCAAGUACAAGGAAUGAAUGUUGGAGGCACCCGCGCUGGUGGCAGCCAAUAUAAUUCCAACUACGACAGUGCCAACUUUGGUAUUGGUGGUUUCGGUGGUACCGCUGCCUUGACAACUGGUGCUGGUGGUUUGGGCGGUGCUGGCGGAUACAAAGCCAAAUCCUGGGAAAAGGCAUCCAAGUGGUCCAGCCAAUCUGAGUUCGGUUCUGAUGGCCAUGUAAAGAACUACAAGGAAAUGUCCACCGGGGAAAGUGAAAACUACGACAUCAAUGGACGCCGCGUUGGCUACAAAGCUGCCACCACCACUCUUGAUGACAAUGGCAAGCUAAGCAGCUACAGUCUCCACACAUAAGGCGGGGAUUCGAAAAAGUGUCAUAAUGAAAAUGAACAACGUAUAGAUUCAAUAUUUGAUAAGAGAAUUUCAAUAAAACAAUAAACAAAUAGUAAAACGUAA